UAGUUUGAUUUCUUUGGUCUCUAUAUUAAGCUCAAGGAUCGUGAGUUAGGGUUUCGUUUGAUCUCGUAAGCAAAUCCACGAAUCGAAGAUGGUGUUCCUCUCGAUUCCAAACGUGAAGACCAUGUCGAUCAAUGUGAACCCUAGUGCAACCACCAUCUCCGCCUUCGAACAAUUGGUCCAUCAACGCACUCAUCUUCCUCAACCUCUCCUUCGUUACUCGCUCUGUCUCCGCAACCCUAGUCUUGAUUCCUCCGAUCCUGCCCUGUUAUCGGAUCUAGGUUUUGGCCCUUUGUCUACGGUACUUGUUCAUGUCCCUCUAAUCGGUGGAGCGGCUCCGCCUCAGCCCCUCUUCAAUUCAAACUAUGUCGCUGGUUUGGGUCGUGGGGCUACAGGGUUUACUACCCGCUCCGAUAUUGGUCCUGCUCGUGCUGAUGGCGAUGACGUGAAUCACAAGUUUGAUGACUUUGAAGGGAAUGAUGCGGGAUUGUUCGCUAAUGCCGAGUGUGAUGACGAAGACAAAGAGGCUGACGCCAUUGAUAGGAGGAGGAAAGACAGAAGAGACAUCGAGAAUUACAGAGCCUCCAACCCUAAAGUUUCUGAGCAGUUUGUGGAUCUGAAGAGAAAGUUGCAUACUUUGUCUGAGGAUGAAUGGGAUAGUAUUCCAGAGAUUGGGAAUUACUCGCAUCGGAGCAAGAAGAAGAGGUUUGAGAGCUUUGUGCCUGUUCCUGACACGCUUUUGCAGGAAAAAGGGAUCGUCUCGGCCUUAGGCCCAAAUAGCAGAGCCGCUGGUGGAUCGGAGACGCCAUGGAUAGACUUGACUUCAGUCGGUGAGGGAAGAGGUUUUCUGUUGUCUCUGAAGCUUGAGAGGUUAUCAGAUUCUCUUUCAGGGCAAACUGUUGUGGAUCCUAAAGGCUACUUAACUGACCUUAAGAAUAAGGAACUCACCAACGAUGCAGACAUUUUUCAUAUUAAUAGAGCUAGACCCUUAUUAAAGAGUAUUACACAGUCGAAUCCCAAGAAUCCCAAUGGCUGGAUUGCUGCUGCGAGACUCGAGGAGAGGGCUGGUAAAAUAAAAGCCGCUAGAACUCAGAUUCAGAAGGGAUGCAAUGAGUGCCCAAAACAUGAGGAUGUUUGGGUUGAGGCUUGUAUGCUGGCCACACCGGAGGAUGCCAAGGCGGUGAUUGCAAUGGGAGUUAAGCAAAUACCCAACUCGGUGAAGCUAUGGUUGGAGGCUGCAAAGUUGGAACAUGAUGAGGAUAACAAGAGUAGGGUGUUGAGAAAAGGACUGGAGCAUAUUCCAGACUCGGUUAGGCUAUGGAAGACUGUUAAGGACAUGGCUAAUAAAGAAGAUGCAGUGGUUUUGCUUCACAGAGCUGUGGAAUGCUGCCCUCUGCAUCCGGAGCUAUGGAUGGCGCUUGCGAGGCUUGAAACAUACGAAAACACAAAGAAAGUGUUGAACAGAGCGAGAGAGAAGCUCCCCAAGGAGCGGGGGAUUUGGAUCACCGCUGCUAAGCUAGAGGAAGAUAAUGGGAAUACUACUAAGGUUGGAAAGAUCAUUGAGAAGGGUAUAAAUGCUCUGCAGAGAGAAGAGGUUGUCAUUGACCGGGAAAAGUGGAGGUCUGAGAGAGCCGGGUAUGUAACAACCUGCCAGGCAAUUAUUAAGAUCAUUAUUGGUUUUGAAGUCGAUGAAGAGGAUAGAAAGAAAACUUGGGUUGCUGAUGCAGAGGAGUGCAAGAAGAGGGGUUCCAUCGAGACUGCAAGAGCAAUAUACGCACAUGCUCUUACCGUGUUCUUUACUAAGAAAAGUAUCUCUGCGCAGUUAGAGAAGAGUCAUGGUAGUAUGGAGUCUCUUGAUGCCGUGUUGCGUAAGGCUGUGACAUACCUCCCUCAGGCUGAGGUUCUCUGGCUCAUGUGUGCCAAGGAGAAGUGGCUUGCUGGAGAUGUUCCAGCAGCCCGUGGCAUUCUACAAGAGGCUCAUGCCGCAGUUCCAAACUCCGAGGAAAUCUGGCUUGCUGCUUUUAAGCUAGAGUUUGAGAGCAGGGAGGUGGAGAGGGCGAGGAUGAUUCUCGCAAAAGCAAGGGAAAGAGGAACUACUGGGAGGGUGUGGAUGAAAUCAGCCAUUGUUGAGAGGGAACUAGGCAACGUAGAGGAGGAGAGGAGAUUGCUUGAAGAAGGCGUGAAGAAAUUCCCAGCAUUCUUCAAGCUUUGGUUGAUGCUUGGGCAGCUUGGGGAAAGGUUUAGGCAUCUGGAACAGGCCAAGAAAGCUUACACAUCUGGUUUGAGGCACUGUCCCGAGUGCACACCAUUGUGGCUCUCGCUCGCUGAUAUUGAAGAGAAAGUGAAUGGGCUCAACAAAGCUCGUGUAGUUCUCACUCUGGCCAGGAAGAAAAACCCUAAGGCGGAUGAGCUAUGGCUAGCUGCUGUUCGUGUUGAAAUUAGACAUGGCAACAAGAGAGAAGCAGAGCGCUUGAUGUCAAAGGCCCUGCAAGAGUCUCCCAAAAGUGGUCUUCUCUUGGCUGCUGACAUCGAGAUGGCACCGCCAUGUCUGCUCCCGCAAACGAAGAUUGAUGAUGCUCUGAAGAAGUGUGUGAAGAAGGAGGCGGCGCAUGUCACUGCAAUGGUCGCCAAGAUCUCCUGGCAAGAUAGGAAGGUGGAUAAAGCCAGAUUGUGGUUUCAACGGACCGUGAACGUCGACCCAGAUAAUGGAGAUUUCUGGGCCUUGUACUACAAAUUUGAACUUGAACAUGGCUCUGAGGAGAAGCAGAAGGAGGUGCUGACCAAAUGUGUGGCGUCUGAGCCAAAGCACGGUGAGAAGUGGCAAGCCAUAUCCAAAGCGUUGGAGAAUGCCCACCAGCCUGUUGAAGUCAUCUUGAAGAGAGUGGUGGUUGCAUUGACAAGGGAAGAGCGUAACAAACUCUAAGCUUAUGUCCAUUUUGUUUUGGCAAUCUUACUUGUUAUUUUAUCUUUUUCAGGCUCAGAUUUUUAACCCUUGAUGAUGUUUGCUUGAGAAAUUGAUUUGGUAGAUAGAUGGAGUCUUAUUCGCCAGAUGGAAAUAUGUAGAAUUUUCAGUCACCUUGGUGAGUUUCUGCAGUGUUAUGGUUAGCUAUUACAAAGCUUCUUCAGGAGAAGAAAGAUUGGUGAACUUAAUUGCGGCUUUUGUGUUUCCUUAACGCCAAAACCAAACCAACAAGUUGAAUAGUCGAAGAAGAAUUUUAAGAGCUUUGGGUACAAUUGUUUCCUUUAACAUAGAUAAGAUACAUUAGGUAGGCCUCUGAUGAAUAAACGAAAUUUCAUAAACACAAUUCUAAAAUUUCAUAAUUUUAUUUUUAGUAUUAAAUUAUUUCACAAAUAGAUACUAAUAAAUAAAUAAAAAUGUUAUUCCAGUCUUUUCACAACUUUCUGUUAUGUAAUGAGAGAGCUUAUAUAAAUGAAGCUAAACUUUCUGUAACUCAUAGUUAAACAUAUUCAAAGUGCCGACCAUAUUCUAGUUUUCUGAUACGGAUCGAACUUGAGUUUCCAUAGUUUCGACCGACCAAAUGAAAUGAUCGGAUCUUUUACAUAGGGAGAAUCUAAAAAACGAAGAA